AUGAAGGCAAGAAUUUGUUUGGAUGGAACAAUGCUGGAGGAGAUUGAGGUUCAGAAUGGUCUGAGACAAGGAUGCUGUGCUCCGGUGUUGUUUAAUUUGUACACAUCUCUGGCUGUAGGGAAAUGGUGUAGUCGGAAGAAGUCGUGGAGAGAUGUGAUAAGAAGAAAUCUUAAGGACAUUGAAAUGUUAGAGGAAGAGUGGUGUGAUGUGGCUGUGAGAAAGUUACAGAGAAAGUCAGGUGGUAUGUGCUUCAGUGGCAGCCAGGGAUGUACAUGGUGUGUGAGGUAUGCUCCAGGACUUUCAGAAGACAAAGUGACAAGGGAAGGCGCAACCUCUAGUGGACGUGUUGAUGAAUUUGCUAGACGCCUAGCCAAGUCAUCUACUGAUGAUGUAAAUGAAAGAAAUGAUAAGGAGCAAACUCCUCUUCAUUGUGCUGUGGAAAACGAGCAGGACGCAAUAGUUGAGUUACUGUGUCGGGGUUCAAGGUCAGGCAAGGUUAUUAUUGAUCCUUUCCUAAAAGACAAUCACAAAAGAACGCCUCUUCACUUGGCUGUCAAUACAGGGAAAAUAGAGUUAGUAAAGGCUGUUCUAUCAAUACCACAGGAUGUCAACCAGAGUGGUCCUAAUGACAGAACGCCUUUGCACUUGGCAGCUCUUGAUGACAAGCCUGAUAUAGCAAAUUUACUGCUUCAACAUGGUGCUGAUCCAUUGUUCAGAGACAAAGAGAACAAUACUGCUUUGGGAUUAGCCAUCAUGACCGGAUCAUUGCCCAUUGUUGAUGUAUUUUUGCAUAACUGUGGUAAAUUCACUGGUUCACAUUGUAUGGAUCUUUUGGAAAGUAUCUCAGGAGAAGAUGAGAGCAGUUUGUUGCAUUUGGCUGCUGAAUCGGGCAGUCCGGAAGCAGUUGUGUAUCUUCUGUACAAGAAUAUCAGUAGAGUUGCAAGGGAUUCUAAUGGAUGUACAGUAAUUCAUAGUGCUAGUCGCUGUGGCAACCUGGCUGUACUUCGCCAAUUUUCAAAUGUCGACAAGCAGCUGUUUGACUUAGCUAACUCAGAAGGGUUUACACCUCUACACGAGGCUGCAAGGUGUGAUCAUGUUCAAGCUGUCAAAUUUUUACUUACUAAAGCAAGUGGUGCCAUGCCAGACAAAUGCAAUGUGUCUGGUCUUACACCUCUAUUGCUAGCUGCUGCAUUUGGAGCUCACAAUGUAGUCAGAUUUCUUCUUUCCUUAAAAGUAGACUGUCUAAAGAACGACCAGCAUGGUGCUAAUGUUGUCCAUUUAGCAGUUGGUCACACCAAAACAUUGAGAGUUCUGGCUGAGAUUCUCCAACCUAGAGGCGUAUUUGAAAAGCUCCUUCAUGAUCAAGACAAUGAAGGUUCAACUCCACUGCACUAUGCAGCCAAUCAUGGUGGAGCAUCGGAUGUAACAUUUUUCAUUCAACACAAAGCCAGUGCUGCAGCUGUUAACCAGAAUGGCUCAACUCCUUUACAUCUUGCUGCAGGUCGAGGUCAUAUGCAAAUUGUUGCUAAGCUUUGCUCUUAUUCUCUCCGCAUACUUAAUGCUACUGAUGAAAGUGGGAGAACUCCUCUACAUCUUGCUUGUUUUUAUGGCCACGCCAAAGUUGUAUCAAACCUGUUAAAGAAUGGAGCAACUAUCACAGAAGAUCAUGAUGGUCGUACUCAGUUGCAUUAUGCUGCCUGGAAUGGAUCAGUUGAUUGUAUGAAGGAGGUGGUGUCUGCAUAUCCUGAAGAAUUAAAUAGAACGGAUGUUGAAAAGGCAACACCUCUUCAUUUAGCUGUUGUACAAAAUCAUCCAGUUAUGACUGCUUAUCUCUUGGAUCAAAACGUUUGUCUUUCUGACAACAAGUUUGGUCAGAAUAGUUUGGAUGUUGCUCUUGCACUUGAAAAAGAAGACUGUGCAGCUAUGAUAGUGAAGCAUAAACGAUGGAGAGAAAAUAUGAAGCCUCUUGGUAGCAACACAAAAACUCAGUUUGAACUGAUGGUGGAGAAAAUGCCUGCUGUGGCAUUGAUUAUGAUGGACAACUGUGUAGCAUCAGAAAGCCAACCUAAGAAUAAACUCAUAUUUGACUUUCGGUACAUGCAAGGUGUUACAGACACGAAAUCUCCAGUUCCUGCAAUGGCCUCAUUACACUUACUUGAGGCAAUGUUGAAGUUUCGACGAACAGCUUGCAUGGCUCAUUCUCUGUGUGUUGAAUUUCUCAACUCUAAGUGGAGAAAGUUUGGAGCUGCCGUGGCUUUCACAAAUCUGGCUAUGUAUUUGUUAUUUCUUUUGGCACUGAUGGUUUUAAUUAUUCAAUUUCCAGCAUACACUGAUGACCCACUUAAUAAUGGAAAACAACUUCAACGUCUUCUGGAACUUUUACAUGACAGCAAGCCAGACAACAACACACAUCUUACAUUGCAUUUAAAGAAACAAUUUUGCUAUGGCAGUUUAGGAGCACAAAUGAUUACAGUAGUUGUUACUAUCCUUGGAUUAUUGAAGGAAAUCAUUCCUUUGUUUUAUGAGAAAUUGAAAUACUUCAAGCUGUCCAAUGUCAGUGAGCUGUUGGUGUACAUCUUGACUUUAGUUUUUGUGGAUCCAUUUGGACUCAUUCUCAAUUUAUACAAUGUACCUGAAGAAGCCUGCCCUAAAGUCGUGUGGCAACUUGGAUCUUUAACUGUGUUUCUUGCAUGGAUGGUAUUACUGCUCAAUUUAAGAAGGAUACCUGCUCUGGGUAUUUACAUAGUCAUGAUGAUGUCCAUGAUGAAGACUUUGUUAAAAGUUGCUGUGGUGGUGUCACUGUUUGUGUUAGGAUUUGGUUUGUCUUUCUUUAUGCUGAUGAAUACUAAGACAUCAUUUGGUAUUGGAGAAUUGUCACUAAUGAGAGUACUUGUCAUGUUUCUUGGGGACUUGCAGUAUGAGAAUGUCUUACCGCCACAAACAAUGAGCAGUUACAACGUGACAUUUUGCCAACAGCAACUGAUAAUUCGUCAUAGCGGAUUUGACUUUAUUAACCAAGUUAAUCAUUUUACGUCUGUUGACACAAACUUGACAAGCACUUCAGCGUGUGCUCUUGUUGAUGACUAUCCAUCUCCGGUUAUUUUUCCUGAGUUGUCGUAUGCAUUAUUUAUCAUCUUUGUACUACUGAUGCCCGUGGUGGUGCUCAAUGUAUUGAUUGGUCUUGCAGUUGGUGACAUUGCUGCUGUUCAAGCAGAUGCCGCAUUGAGGCAAAUUCGUACACAGAUUAAAUUGCUAACACGCUUAGAACAUGUUCUUCCAUUAUGGAUUCUCAACCGUUUUCAAGUUUUGAACAGUGUUCGAGUUGAAGAUGACAAAACACUGCAUGGCUGGAUUUGUCAUGUCAUCAAAGCUGCUGAUGAGCCAAGCACAGGCGAAGUGUCUAAAACUGCUCAGCAGCUGACAGAAAUAUCAUCUAGUCAUCGCCAACAGGAUGAAUGGCUUUGUUGCAUCCAGAAGACUUUGGAUAAGCAAACGAAUAUAAUCAAGUUGCUAGCGACUUUACUAAAACAUCAGCGUCAGCGUCCUGAUGAGAUAUCUCAGCAUACUUCUGGGCAAAACAACGGCAGCACCAGUGAUACUGAAUUUGAUAGUAAGAAGGAGGAGCAGCAUACUCAAUUUAUAUCAACACCCAUUGAAUCAGAUGUGUCGAUCAUGGCAACUGAAGAACCCCGAGAUGAAUUUGUGUGAUUUGUUAAUGUCAUCUACUAAUUUAUACUUCUGGAUUCGAUAGUUUCUGUCAUUGCUGAUUUGACUGUAAUAAUUUGUAAGAUGAAUUACUAUAUGCAUGAUUAGCAGUAUAGAUUAAAUUUCAAGUAAUUUCAAUUUAGUGAAGCCAACU